AUGGGUGAUUUUAACGACAUCAGAUGCCCUAGCGAGAAAAUUGGCCAUCAUCCUCAACCUUGCUGGCUUAUGGAUGGUUUCAAUUUUGCAAUUACUAGUUCCGGCAUAUCCGACCUCGAGAUUCAGGGCCAUAAGUUCACCUGGGAUAGAGGUAGAGGAACCCCUCACUGGGUUCAAGAAUGCCUUGAUCGUGUAUUGGCCUCCCAGCCAUGGCUUGAUCUGUUUGGCGAAGUAGUGGCUGAAUCUGCCAUCACUCCAGUAAGUGACCAUCUGCCCAUCUUUAUGCAUCUGAUUCCCACAGUCAAGGUCAGAAGAAAAUCCAAAUUCAAGUUCAAAAACCUUUGGAUUAAAGAAUCAGAAUGUAGAGCUCUCGUAGCAAACACUUGGGUUGCUUCUCGAGGUGCAGAUCUUAUCUCCAGGCUUGGAACUUGUAGUAAAGCCCUCUGGGAUUCGGGCAGGAAUCUAUCUAAGGAUUUUCAACCUAAUAUCAACCAAUGCCUCAAAGAUAUGGAUGCCCUCAGACAUCAAUCAGACAACAUUGGUUUGCUUGCUUUCUCUGCCACACAGAAGAAGUGUAUUCACUUGCUCCAUCAGCAGAACACCUAUUGGAAGCAAAGGGCGAAAGCAUUUUGGCACAAAAAUGGAUAUAUGAAUUCCAAUUUCUUCCACAAAUCAGUCUAA